AUGACGCCACAGCAGAGCCGGCAUAUGAAGCAGCACCAGAUCCGGCUUGUUUGGAAAGAGGAACAGGAACUGAUUUUGCAAGCAGCACAAGCCCAACGAGUAAAGCUUGCUGGUGAUGGCCGUGCCGACUCGCCCGGAUUCAGCGCCAAGUUUGGCACCUACUCUCUGCUGGACGUUGAGGGAAAUAAGAUCCUGCACUUCGAGCUUGUGCAGUCUAAUGAAGUAGAUGGAAGCUGCAAAAUGGAACUGGAGGGUCUGAAGCGGUGCAUCACUUUCUUGGAAAGUAAAGACAUCAGAGUGAAGUCAAUUGUAACUGACAGACAUGCCCAGAUCAAGUGCUUCAUGCGCAAGGAAAAAUCUGAGAUCAUUCACGAGUUUGAUGUCUGGCACGUCGCAAAAGGAAUAAACAGGAAACUUAUUGCUGCAUCGAAGAAGGCUGGCUGUGAGGACUUAGUACUAUGGACAAAAAGCAUUGUGAAUCAUCUGUACUGGUCUGCAUCAUCCAGUGAUGGCAACAAAGAUUCCAUUGUUCCGAAAUGGAUUUCAAUUUUGAAUCACAUUCAAGACAUUCAUAGUCAUGAGAAUGAAUUAUUUCCUACAUGUGCACAUGGUGAUAUAGAGCCAAGGGCCUGGCUCAGCGAGGAGUCAAAGUCAUUCAAACAGCUCAAGGUUAUUGCUGCAUCAAAGCAACUUCUCAGAGACAUGCCACAGUUGGCAACGCGAUUCCAAACAUAUGGUUUGGAAACAUUCCAUGGACUGAUCUUGCACUUUGCUCCAAAGUCUUGCCAAUACUCGUACGAAGGAAUGAAAGCAAGAACACAGCUAGCGGCUCUUCACUACAACGAGAACAGCGGAAGAGAGCAGGCAUCAACAAAGGCUGGUACUCUUAGGUGGCGUGUCAAAUUUCCAAAAGCGACAGGAGGUACACCAGUUGCCUGUCCUGUAAAAGAGAAAACCACGUAUCGCUAUGUUGAGCGGCUACUGGAUGCUGCUAUGACGGGCGGCAAUCGGUUGUCAGCGUUCAAGAAUGCAAAGGCACCACCACCACUGAGCAGCGCUUUCGCAAAAGUGGCAAAGGAAGAACUAGUAAAGAAAAGACUGACAAGAUUCAACAGAACAUGCCACGGUGUAACCAAUGAAUGUGCUGAAAUGGAUGAAGUGUGUGAACGGGGAACUUAUUGA